GAGUCAGAUGAUGAGGAUUCUGCUCCCUCUGCUAGAAAAGCCGCUGGGAAACGGUGAACGGAACUUUCUUGUACUAAUUUAGAUGAGCUCUCUCUGCCAGGAAAAGUCUACAAACUGCAGACAAGAUAAUUGCUGUUUACAAGAAUAGAGAGGUGGAAAGUCCGGCUUAGCUUUAGGGGUCGUUUGGUAUGGGGUAUAAGUAAAAAUAACGCUGAUAUAAAAAUUUAAUACCAGCUUAUACCUUGUUUGGUUACCAAAUCUGGUAUAAGUUAUUCCAGUAUUAAAAUUAAUACCGGGAUUACUUAUACCUCUCAGGAGGUGGGAUAAUUAAUGCUGCGAUUAUUAUCCCCUGACGAAAUAGCGAAAUUCACCAAAAUAGCCCUAAAGUCCUCAAACCCUUUUUCUACGUCACUUUUCCCAUUCUUUACGCAACAUUGGUAAAGCAACGCCGCUACAAAUUUCUCUGCUCUCGGGGAAAACUUCUUCUCUUCUUUGAAUGCAGAAGCUAUGUUGUAGUGAUUGAAGAAGACAUUAUCUUCCAUUUUGCUUUUCUCACAAGUGCUUGAAGAUGAGGUUGAAGAUCAAUGGAGAUGAAUUAAGAUUAUACAGAUAUAAUGAAUAGACAGGCAGAAAAUUCAAAGCUAUUGCCAAUAAGAUCAAGAAAAUCAACACCUUCUUCCCGAAGGAUCUGGACUCCAGUAGAAGAAAGUGCUCUUUUAGAUGGUUUAAAAAAAUUGCGUGCUGAUGGUUGGCGAGCUGAUAAUGAAACCUUUAGGCGAGGAUACUUGAUGGAAUUAGAGCACUAUUUGCAUGAAUGUCAUCAUAGUAGUCAAUUGAAAGGUGAACCACAUGUUAAUAAUAAAGUAAAAGCGUGGAAGAGAUGUUAUUCAAACAUAAGUUUAUUAAAGAGUCGAAGUGGUUUGAGAUUUCAAUAUAGUGAUGGAACCAUAAUUGUUGACGAUCCAAAACAGUGGGAUGACUUUAUAAAGAUGGAUCCAAAAGCAAAAAGCAUGAAAACUAAGAAAUGGCCAAUGUUUGAGGAUUGGGAGGAAAUUUUUGGCAAGGAUAGAGCGACAGGAGAGUUCACAAAAGGGCCGCUAGAUGUUGCUGAGGAUAUUCUAAGGAGUCAAGCUUCAGGAAUUUCUAAUGACAUGAGCUUAGGAUGGCCUAUUGUUGUUGAUGAUGAAGGAGAAGAUGAUGCUGGUGAUGGACCUAAUAUAGCUACUGGAGAAGCUGAAAAUGAAAAUACUUAUGAUGGACCUAGUUUUACUGGAGCAUCUGAAAAGGAAGAUGCUAGAGCAUCUGAACAAGAAUGUGCUGGAGCAUUUGAAAAUGAACAUGCAGGAUUCCAACAAAAUCAUAAACAAGGUGAACAUGCUAAUAGAUCCUCUUCUAAUUUCAAUGAAAAAGAGAAAAGCAAGAAAAGAAAAAGGGUUGUGGAAGAUUCUAGUGAGACAUUUCUUAAGGGUAUGACAGAAGUUAUGAAAAACUUUAUUGAAAGUCAAGAUAAAAGAAUGGGUGCCUUGAUUGAUAAGAUUGACAAUUGUGACCGAUCCGAUAUUCGUAGUGAAAUUUAUUCCAUCCUUGAGUCUCCCGCAUUUGAGUUGUACUCUGUACAAGAAUAUAUCAAAGCUACAAUGAUUCUCUGUGAAGAUGUCAAAAAGAUGAAAUUAUUUUUACGUAUGGGUGAACUUGAGCACCAAACAAUGAUGUUCAUGAUUAUUAAUGGCAAACUUUGAAGUA